GUUCAGUUUACUCAACACACGCACACACAUGAACAACACGCUUGUUAUUUGUGACAUAACUGACAUUACUCUAUCAGAAUAAAAUCGUGCAUUUGUUUCGAUUCUAGAGUUUCAAUACGAUUCAAUAAUUCACUCAAAACUAUCGGGAAAAUAAUUUGCAUGCCUUACCUUACUGAAGUCCAAUGAAUGAGAUCUAUGACUGACAUAAAAUUAAAGUCAAUCUCUUCCAAUUUGUUGUGCACAAGAGUUGAGUUGAGUAGAGUUGAGGUUAAACAUUUGUUGUUUCGAUUCGGUUAGCCAAUGAUUGGUGUGUUUUACCGGUUAGCACCAUACUUAAGAGUUUAAUUCACGUCACCGAAAAAUGCUGUCCAGAAGUGUAGGGCGAUCACUCGCCAAUGUUUUUCGAAACCGUAGACUGUUCCAUCAGUCAAUCCGGUACAUGGGCAAAGAUGACGCAAUACAAACAUACGAAUUUCCCAACACCUCCAUGAAAGACGGAAGCGAUUCGACGACUAUGAUCAAGUCCGCUAGAAAUUCCUCUGAGUUUCUCAGCGUUAUAUCCAAAAAUGUCACAUACUUUUCGGCUGCCGAAACCUUGGCGUCAUUGAGAACCCUAUUUGAACUGCAGAAGGAUACGACCACGUCGAUCAGUCAGAGAGAUAUUGCUGUGAAUUCGGACUUCGAAAGAUUGUGUCGAUCGCUGAAAAGAAAUGCCCGAAAAAUGGAGCUGAACGAUGUGAUCGAAGCGUUGAAGAUCGUUUCAUUUGUCGGCGUAAAGGGUAACAGUGAAAUAACAAUGAGCCUUUUGAAUUUAAUCAAACAUCAAAUCAACGAAGCCACUUUGGGUCACAUAAUUUUCCUAGGCUAUUUGCUGGAACAAAUGGAAUCGAAUCCAUUAGUGGACGCACUGAAAAUUGCGCUACCUACGCUACUGCAAGUUCAAAUUUCGACCAAAAUCGACCACGAAAACGUCGCACAACUAAUUGAAUUGUUACGAUUCGUCAGUCAACGCCGGGUCAGCGAUCCGUGCAUCAGGAAUAUCUGUGCUGCGUUGAGAUUGCGCGGUGAAGAUUUGAGUCCAGAACAAGCGAGAUAUGUUGUAUGGUCGUUGAGUAGCCCAACAUUGUCGGUUCCCAAAGAAUACUUGGACAAAUUAAUGGAAGAUGCCAUCAGAGCGAUGAGCAAGGAAAAAUUUGGCGCAGAAAAUAUUUUGACAAUAGGUACAACGCUGAAAAAAAUGAUCAACAAGUACAUGCAUGAUCCACACGAAUUUGACAAAUUCUACAACGAGGCGUUCUUCAAUAAAUGUGCUGAUGCGGUCGUGAUGAACGAUUUGGGUUUCGAAAAGGCAACAUUUAUACAGCGUGACCUCAACAAUUUGGGUUUCGUUCAUUUAAAUAUGCUCAAGUACAUGUUGCAGGAAAUUGAAAAAUAUCCCCAACUCAUUAUCGAGUGUAAGCCGACCAGCUUUCUGACAUUCAUAGCUGCACUGUCGUCUGCGAAUUACAAGCCCCACAAUUGGGACAAAAUCCAACAGUUGAUCAUGCGCAGCAAUUUCAUCACGGAGGAGAAACGACUGAAUUUACCUUGGACUAAGGUGGCUUUAGAGCUUUUGUCGCUUGGAAUUGAAUGUCCGACGAUUUGGGAUAAAGUUUUUAGUAACGAAUUUCUCGCAGAACAUCUGACCCAAAGAAGAAGGGAACGUCUAUCACGGAUUUUAGAACUGUACCAGUGUCUUGCGAUCACCGACUACAACGUUGACGGGAGAAUAGAUGAGAAAUUUUUAACUGAAGCCAAAAUGUUGCAACAGUCAAUCCAGUUUCCAAUGCAACGAUAUAUUGAAAUGGCGUUCGGCGGGCCAUCAUUUGUUUGUACAAGGGUCAGAACGAAACGUAGCCACGUAAUCCACCAUGUCGUUGCUUUCGAUAAGAAGACUAUGGAACCGACACAAAUUGACGGUGGUUUGAAUAACGAUAUCUAUUAUGAAGAUAUUGCAACUGAUGACAGCAAACAGUACAUUGCUGUGUUAGCAUUUCCGGACAGAUGUUUCUGCAUCAAUAUACCGAUUAUGAAAGCAACGUAUGAAUUGAAGCUCCGGACGUAUGAGAAAAUGGGCAUCCCCGCCGUUCCGAUUAAUCUAGCAAUGUGGAAGGAGAUGCCUGACAAGGAGAAAAUUCCAUACAUUCAGAGGGAAGUGAAGUUCAAGGUGACGCAAUUGCAAAAUGUCCUUCAGUAGAGUGUGUAUAGUUUGUUAGCGAUAAUAAAGGAAGUUAUUAGACCAAAGUCAAUGUA